AUUCACAGUCCAUCGGCAAUGACAAACAAACAGCAUAAAGUGUAAGAAAUAUGACUCUGUUCAUUGCAUUCGAUUGAUAACUUUGAUAUCAAGCAUAUAAACUUCAAUCCCGUAAUUCGCCAUUUUGGGAUUUUCAGACGCCAUGAUGGAUUUCAGUGGGAAUCGAUACCGGUGAGGUACUUGCUACCUAUUUUUGUGAAAAGUCUUAAACAUGCCUGACACCUAGUGGAGAGUUUGAUAAGCAUAAAUUUGACAGCAUAAGAAACACACCAUUACGGCAAUUAUAUAAACUCAGAAUGCUAAAAAAUAUAUCAUUAAGGAAAAAAAAUUCGCGCACUUGAGUCGCGGUUUGAGAAAUAAGUGAAAAAUGACAGCUUGAAUGCAGCCCCUGGUGGCAGCUUUGAAUACUAAGAGUGGGAGGUAACCAAAUUACAUUUCGGAAGUGACGGUCGCCAUAUUGAGGGCCGUUAUAGUAAUUGUGGUUGAAUUUUUGUUGGAAAGGAAAAUACCCUGAAAUGGGAAGGUACGACAACAGCUCCGACGAAGGGAGCUCCAGACGAGGCCGAAGUAGAUCCCCAAGAAGGACACCUCCCAGGUACUCUCAGGAGCCGAGCCACAGCCGGUCUCACUCGCAUAGAGAUGGAGGCGGUUAUUCGAGAUCCAGUGACCGCGAUCGUGCUUACACCUACAAAGUGCUCUGUGUCAGUAGUAUACACCCCAAAGCCUCAGAAGAUGUGGUCCGUGACGAGCUGUACAGAGAGUAUAGAAAGUUUCCGGAUGUGUCUGUGAAAGUAGUCAUUGAACAUGAUGGAGAGCGAGUUGCUUAUGUGUACUUUCGCACUUGGGAGGAUGCUAGGGAUGCUAAGCACAUCAGCAGAGGAAGGAUCAUGUUUUAUGACAAGCCAGCCAUGGUGGAGGCUGUCUAUGACACUGCUCCGCAAGAGUAUCUUCCACGCAGGAGGAGUAGAAGCCCGAUGAUGGACUACCCACCAAUGGACGGCAGGUACAUGAGGCCAAGGUCUCCUCCGAGGGACUAUGACAGAUAUGGUCCACCCAUGCCAGGACCUAUGGAUCCAUAUGGAUAUGAGCUCCAGCCCCAUGAUCCUUAUGGGUAUGGCCCUGGUCGUGGGUACCCGUACCGUGAGCCCCCAAGGGGACCGCCCUUCGGUGGAGGCUAUGGACCUCCUUAUGGCCCUCCUGGAUUUGCCCGGCCAAGGUUUGAGAGGCAUGAGAGGAAGGAGAGGUUCCCUAACUAUCUGCAUCACAUUCCACCUGAAGACGAUCCCACUGCUUGUCGCACCCUGUUUGCGGGCAACAUGGAGCUGAACAUCACAGAGGAGGAGCUCCGGAGGAUCUUCAACAGGUAUGGCAAUGUGGAGGACAUUGACAUCAAGAGACCCCCGCCAGGCACAGGAAAUGCAUUUGCAUUUGUGAGGUUUGAAAACCUGGAUCAGUCAAAUCGCUGCAAAACUGAGCUGUCUGGCCAGUACAUUGGAAAGUUCCAGGUGAAAAUUGGCUAUGGAAAAGUGCUUCCAUCUUGCAAGGUGUGGGUUGGUGGUCUUGGCUCCUGGACCACAGUGCAGAUCCUGGAGAGAGAGUUUGACAGGUUUGGUGCCAUCAAGAAGAUUGAGUAUGUGAAGGGAGAGCCCUAUGCCCAUGUCCUGUAUGAGACCCUGGAUGCUGCUACAGCUGCAGUGAAUGAGAUGAGAGGGUUCCCUCUGGGUGGUCCAGACAAGAGGAUCAAGACAGACUUUGCUGCUGAUGAGACCACAGUGCAGUUUGGCAGGAGGCCUCCAUUCGAUGGUGGGCACGAUGACUUCAGAGGGAGGGGCCGUGGUGGCUUCAGAGGUGGAAGGGGCAACUUCCGAGGAGGCUUUGGUGACCGAGGAGACUUCUCUGAGGAUAACUACCACUCCACUCUGAGACAGGUUCCCACUGAGAACAGAUCCAUCAGUCCAUCUCGCAGGAGCGAGUCUGGGUCAGAGGAGGGCGGCCACCUGAACACAGCCAAGACCCUGUCAGACAUUGCCAGAAAGGUGGGAACGUCCUGGCAUGGUGCCAUGAUUCUGAAGAGCUCUCUGUUUGCGUGCAAGUUCCACCUGACCGAUGGUGAUGCUGACAUUGCUGAGAGCCUGCUGAAGGAUGAAAAUGAGAAGCCUCUCCUGAGGAUCACACAGAGACUGAGGCUGGACCAGCCCAAACUGGAUGAUGUUCAGAAGAGGAUUUCAUCUUCUCCUCAUGCCAUCUAUGUGGCCCUACCGACAUCCUCCUCGCCAGUGAACAUAGACGACUCCUCAGUGCAGGCCCGCUCCCUGAGAAACCUGGUGUCCUACCUCAAACAGAAGGAGGCAGCUGGAGUGAUCUCCCUCCUCAACAAAGAAGGCGACACCACGGGGGUGCUGUACGCCUUCCCACCCUGCAACUUCUCCAAGGAGCUGCUCACAAGGACCGCCACUGCCCUGUCUGAGGAGGCGGCCAAGGAAGACCAUCUGCUCGUGGUGGUAGUUCGAGGAAGCUCUGCUCAGCUGGCUUUGAGCUGAACUGCUGUUUCAAAAGUGACUGGCUGCACCUUGGAGAGGAGAAAGCUACAGCUGCAUGGUGUUCCAUCACCAGGACCAGUCACCAUCUUCUAAACUGCUGGACAGCCUGCCUGCUUGCAUUGGCACUGAUUAACGUCACUUUCCCAAGCUAAUCCAGAAUGUUUGCUUGCAUGUCUACUGACGUUAAGAUCACACUAAAUAGUUUUUAUUUUAAUUUUCUUAAAACGAGUAGCAUUGCUUCUGUUUAUACCAUGUUCGUUUAAUCUGUCUGGUUAUUUUCAGGUAAACAUCGGCAUUAAGUGACUGUGUCGUGCAGUGUCAGUGACGGUGUAGUGAGGUUGUGUGCUUGUGUGUGUUGUGCGCGAACGGUAACACCAAGACACGGCUGCAUCAGUUAUGAAAGAGGCUAAGUGCUUGGUGUCGUGACUUGCGCUGCAGUGGUCAAUGUAGUGCACAACUAAGGUGGUGGCCAUGCGGUGGUGACUUUCCUCUCCAAGCUCGGCGACAAUUCAAAGUAGUGCUCUCAAAAUUCAGGAUGUGUGUUGAAAACGCGCAAGUGGUCGUGACUCAUUCAUAGCAGGAAAUAGACUACACGGUCAAAA